UAUUGAAUAGUAUAUAAACGCACAGCAACUUAAAAAUAUGUUUUGUUAAUUUUGUGUCACAACAAUAGCCCUGUGUGCCUUUAAAAGGGAUUUAACAAUCAAUUUGUAUAAAAUAUAAUUUAUAAAAAAGUUUAAUGUUAUUUAAAAUGGAUUCGAUAACAGUGGAUAAAAAUGUUAUCGAAAAGUGGCAACCAUCAAAAGAAACACUCAAAGAACGAUUUGGCUUUCUUUUUAAUAAUGAAAGGCUAGCUGAUUUUCAUUUUAUUGUGGGGCCAAAUAAAGAACAUCGUAUACCUGUUCAUAAACUUGUUUUAGCAGCUGCAAGUGAUGUCCUAGAAGCAUUAUUUUUUGGUGCUUUAGCGAUAGAGUCUAACGAAAUAGAAAUACCUGACGUUGAACCACAAGCAUUUUUAGCAUUUCUAGAAUUUAUUUAUUCAGAAGAAGCAAAAAUUGAUCACGAAACAGUGAUGGCUACCAUUUAUGUAGCAAACAAAUACAAUGUGCCUGCUUUAAAAAAAUAUUGUGUGAAGUUUUUAAAAGACAAUUUAGAUUGCGAAAAUGCUGUUUUAUUGUUAAAACAAGCGACCUUCUUUGAUGAACCAGAAUUAGCAGAAUCGUGUUCAGAUUUUAUUGAUAAAAACACCAUAAAUAUAUUAGCUGUGGAAAAUUUAGAUUUGGAUACUUUAAUAACAGUAUUAGAACGCGAUACUCUACAAAUUAGUGAAUCAAAAUUAUAUGCAGCUGUUUUACAAUGGACAGAAGCAGAAUGUGCCAGACAACAGUUACCUCUAACACCAGACAAUCAACGAUUAGUUUUAGGUCCAGCUUUCAAACUAAUACGUUUUCCAUUAAUGACAUUUGAAGAAUUUGGUGUUGGUCCUGUUCAAAGUGGAUUAUUGACUGAUCGUGAAGUUAGAGAAUUAAUUUUAUAUUUAACAGUCACUCCGAAACCAUCUGUUGAAUUUUCAGAUGUACAUAGAGUUGGGGAGUGCGUUGAUAAAUUAUCAACAGUGCGCUGGGUUAAAGCCAGAGGGGGUCAACUUCCUCCAAAUGCAGUACAAGGAGGAUACGAUGAAGGACUUCCUUUGUAUGUAGCUCGUGCAUAUCAUGCUCGUGCAUUAACUCCUGGCAAACUUCUUCCCAGCCAUGGAGUAACUUAUAUUGCAUGGGGAGGCGAGGAGCAUAAUAAAAGAAAAUACGAAGUGCUUUGUGAUUGUAAUUGUUCAUGGGUACCAGCAUCUAAUGGUGAAGUACCUGACGGAGCAAUUCCAGGAGGGCACUCAGAAGAUGGAGAAACUUUAUUCAUUGGACGUGUAGCUUAUCCAGAGAAUUGUCUAACGAUUGGUAAAAUACAAAGCAGUCAUGGUGUUCUGUAUGUUUCAUACGGUGGUGAAGAAAGGCCUUUUCGUGAUUAUGAAGUACUUGUCGUAUAAAAAAUAUUUUUAUUAAGACUGAAAUUUUGCUUUUUACGGAGCUUUAUUUACUAUAACUUGUUUUAUUGUAUAGUAUU